AUGUUCCAAAUAGAGGGCAAUGUAUACGUGGUAUACGUAGACAGACUAACCGGUUGGUUAGAAGUAGCUCACUUCCCCUGUGGUGCCACGCCCAACAAAAUAAGCAAUGACCUUCGAUCCUAUUUUUCACGUUGGGGAGCCCCAGAGCAAAUAUUGACUGACGGAGGUAUGAACUUGGCCAGCAAGGAGAUGGUUGCCUUCUUCAGGAGAUGGGGAGUCAAAGUCUGUCUGUCGUCAGCCCAGUAUCCCCAGUCCAAUGGCAGGGCAGAAGCAGCUGUCAAAUCGGCAAAGAGGCUACUCAGAGAAAACACGUCAAAAGGUGGAGCCCUUGAGUCAGACAAGACGGCCCUGGCGAUACUCCAGUAUCUCCACACGCCUCUGAGGGAGAUCAACAAGUCGCCAUCUCAGCUUGCAACGGGUCGCCAGCUGCGUGACGGGGUACCGACGGCUAGAAGACACCUAGCUGUUAGUAGACAGGUAUUGGAGACGGACAAUACGUCAAAGGGAACUACAAGUGGCAAAAUCACAGGAAGCUAUGCGCACCCUUGA